AGGUGGAAGAAAAUAGAAGAAGAAAAGAAAGCACUGCGAAUAUUAACUUGUCUUUACAAUGCUCAUCCCUCCUAACUUACAUUGUCAAAAAAGCGUGUCUCAAUCAUCCCAGAAUAAAAGGCACAAGUGUUGUCAAAAGUUACAUUGAAGUGAUGGGGGUUAAUUAUAUUAAGAAGAAUGUUGGGUGUACAUAUGUAGAUAUAUUGAAAGUAAUUUUACUUUCUCAUAGAAAGUACAGGAGUGAUAUUACACAUGAUAAUUGGAGAGAUUUGUUUUUAUCAACUGUAGAUUUAUACAAGUCCCCACCUACUCAUGUGGAACAUUCUGUGAUAGUUGAAAUACUUAACAUUAUUGUCAUGCAUGGAUCAUGUCAAUCUGAUUUGUGUGGCCUUGCUAAGGAAUUAUACCCUACUAUCAGAGCAACUUUUCAGAGUAACCAGUUUUGCAGAUCAAAAUUUUUACAUCAGGAAAGACUUCUGCAGCUUUCAAUUACAUUGUGUUCG